GUUCAAUUAUGGAAAAAAAAACCGUAGUGAAAAUUAAGCGGCGCCCACCUGACUGCUCUGCUGUUGCUAGUGUGUACAGUGACGAUAUUAACAAAGCAAAUUAUGAAGACUUGCUUCCUAUGCAUUCGGAAUCAGUGGCGGAACUGCUCGAGUUUUAUGCAAGCAUACCAGAUUAUGGAGAAGUGCAUCACCUCUCGGACAAAGAGUUUAAUCAACGUUUGCAGACAUUAAGAGAAAAGGCAACGAAAUUGUGGACAUCGGAUUUAAGUGAAUCAAAGUUUGAUAAUAAAUCAGCAUGUUCAGAGAGACAAGGCGGGAAAUCAGUUCUGUGCCAAUCCACACCAGAUCUUCGACCGCCCACUUCUACUUUUAAAGCAAGACCUGUGCCAAAAAAUCUUUUUAGUUCGCGCAAUAAUUACAAAAUGCAAAAUGCAGAAGUAUAUAGAUCACUCCAAAGAAAGGUUCGAGCUGAAAAGUUGCUUCAUUCAUCCUCACUUCCACCUUCUAUGGCAGCAAGAGAAAAGGGUUCAAGAUCAAUCAGUUCCAAUUUUCAAAGCGGUUGUGGAUCAAGACUUACGGAAAGUGAAUGUAGUUCUGCAAAAGAAGGAAAAUGUAACACUGAAGUUGUAAAACAAAAUUGUACAGGUGGACAUUGUGACAAGAAAGAUUCUACUCCAAUUGGCUGUCCUUCAACUAGUGGAAUAACUUCCACAUCUUCUAAUGAAAGUUUUCCUGCCGUGUUUCGCAUGCGUAUGCAAUCCUGCCCUCCAUCAGUUGGAAUCCCAAGUAAGAAUAAUUUGGCAGCUAUUUUACGGAUACAGUCCACUAGACAAAAAAUGGAACGCGAUUUAGAAGAUAAAUUGGCUGAGCUCAAGAGAAAAGAAGAUGCGUGUAUCAAGGCUCAUCUUGCUCGACAACAACCAGCUUGGCAAGCAAUACAGUACAAUACAGAGGAAGACUUAGCUUUACGGCGUAUCUUACGCAAAGAGAAAGAAAAAAGGCAUCUAAGGGAACAUCAACUACAAAUGAAUCUCAUGCUUGCUCGAGUACAACAAAUACCGCCUCUUUUUGAAAGACAGACUGCAAGGCGUUCUAUUGGACAAUGCAGAAAAUAAUAUAAUCUAUUUAUUUUGUGUAAAAAUGUUGCACGUGUUCUUAGAACAAUGUUACAACAUUAACUCAAGUUGCUGCCUUAUUAUGAAUGAGAAUUUUGG